AGUCAAUGAAGCUAUGGGAUUUAAAUACUUCCAAGAUAAAAUACCAAAUGGAAACAAAAUUCCCCACCCAUGUAAGCCUAACUACGUGUGGCAGGGGGUAGGACAUAAGAAUUCGAUGGGUGGAGGGGAGAGGAACGCAUUUGGAUUGGCGUUUGCAGCAAAUGGAAAGGUAUGGGAUGCUAAAUUGUGUAACGCUGAUUCUGACAAUGAUGGGAAAACAAAUGGUGUUGAACUUGGAGAUCCUAACUGUGAAUGGACGGAAGGAGAGGCUCCUGAAUCAACUAAAGACAUUUCGCACCCAGGUGUAUGUGAGCCUUGGGACUCUGCAGAAUGUUUAGCACACAAUCAGUGGGAAUUUUGUGACAGCGAACUCUUCUCUUGCCCAGCUAUGGAUGCAACGGAUGACGUUCGUAAUGUCAGUGUUCGUUUCCCGCCAACGCAGGUGCCUGCUCUAGAGACGAAUUAUUAUUGUAUUACGGUAGAGCUGCCGGAGGAUGGAGAUUAUCAUCUUAUUGCAACAACUCCAAUCAUCAACAAUACAUACGUAAUGCAUCACAUGUUGCUGUUUGGAUGUAAAGAAGGGGAUCUAACGGGUGAAAAUGAUGCUCGCAAAAGGUUUGCCAAACCCACACUGUGUGGGAUGGACACUGUAUGCAGGAACAUAAUUAGUACUUGGACUCUUGGCCUAGCAGGAGAGUGUUUUGAUAAGCGUGCUGCUUUCAGAAUAGGCAAAAACGGAUACAAAUAUGCGGUCAUGAGGUUUUGGAUACAGGGAAUAUCCCAAGGGAUAUUCCAUGUAUCCAAACCGACCGUGCAUAACUGGUGUAUCUCAUACAUGCACUGGAACAACCCCGAAUUGCGCUCUGAUUACACAGACAGCUCUGGUUUGACGCUAUUCUACACUCCAAAUAAAAGGCAAUAUGAUGCUGGUUAUUUUUUAGUUGGUCAACGUUACCUUAAGAUUGAGGGAGGACUGGAGAUUCACACAGCCACUGCAAGAGCAUCGUCCAAAUGUACUCGACAUCUCAUGCCCGAUCCCAUUUACAUACUGGGUGCUCUUCUACAUAUGCAUUACCUUGGAAAAGCAGGCUAUCUUGAUCAUUAUCGUGAUGGAAAUAAGGUGGGGACGUUCGGACGAGAUGACGUCUUUAGCUACGACUCUCCGGUGAAUCAUAUGCAUGAGCCCCCGAAAGAAUUUUUACCUGGUGACGAGAUCUUCAUUAGCUGCACCUUCGAUUCACGCUCAAGAAAAGAAACCACUUACUACGGCGACGAUACAUCAGCUGAAAUGUGCUACGGAUUUUUCCAGUACUACCCAGUGAAUGAUAACUUGACAGCUAUCGUGCAGUACAAAAACGUGGAUAUCUGUGCACCUGCUAGCGACAAGAAAGUGAUACAAGGGUGCAACGUUCGAGGGUUUAUAUUCAGCCCAUCGGGACUGACAGACUUCUCAACUAAUGUGUUGUCAAAAUGCUCGGUGACUGGUGAUACAUGUAAGCCAGAAUGCAAGGAGCUGGUCAAAGAAGCUAGGUUGAAUGACAGGUGUAUGGGUAACAAUGAAGUUUACGCAACGAUAAAGGGUCUUUUGAGGGAAAACCAGGACGUUCAAAGGGUCUGGAAAGGAUUUGAGUCUUGCGAUAACGAACUAGAGAAAGAGAAGAAGACGUCUUCUGCCUCCAUUCUAUCGACAUCCAUUUCACUUUUUAGUUGCGCUACUUGCUUCAUCAUUCUGAUUACAUGA